AUGGCUCGGUGUGAGGAUAGGACGUCGAACUGGACGACGACAACGGAGGUGGACUGCUCUGGAGCUUCCGACGGCUUCAACCGUAUAGACAACGGCUUAACGUUGUUCAUCACUGACGUGGACGACGUGAACCCCGUGAUCUCUACUGGGGGCACAUCUGUUCAGGAGGAGCUACCGAUAGGGACCAAGGUGUAUGCAUUGUUUGCUGUCACCGACGAAGAUACAUUCAAGAACUUCACUUAUCAACUAACAGGUGCUGACAUGGCGUUUUUCUCAGUCGAUACUGAUGGUGUGCUGAAGAUGGAACAGAGACUAGACAGGGAGAUGAAGGGCACUGUGUCGGUGACGGUAACAGUAUUUGACUCUGCCUCGAACAGCGCCACUUCCGAUCUCACACUCACUGUCACAGACAUCAACGAUAAUUCUCCAAUAUGUGACCAGGACAUGUACUUUAUCAACAUAGCAGAGGGCACAUCUGAUGAAAACAUUAAACUGAUGGAAGCAAUCAGCUGCAGUGACGAUGACGAUGGCAGUGCCAGCGACAUGGCUGCGACAAUUUUCUCCGGAGACACCAACAACAUAUUCUCCUUCACAGGCUUAGAAAUGUUUGGAUCACCGAAACUGGCGGACUAUGAGACUCUAGAGGGCAGUGACUACAGCUUCUAUUUGACUGUACAUGUCACUGACCAACCCACCUCGGGGCCGGUUAUGACAGGAACCGUCCAUGUUGUCGUUCAGGUCUCGCCCGCCAAUGAGCACGACCCGUUGUGGAGUUCGCCCUCUUCAACAGCAGGAGAGUUUCCGGAAGUCACCAUCUCUGAGGACACCCAGCAUGACGCCGUCAUUGUGACAUACACAGCUACUGAUGAUGAUCACGGUGUUGACGGAACGCUGUCCUACGAGAUCGUGUCUGUCACAGGAAGUGAUGGCAGUGAUGGAAGCGGCAAGUUUCUGCUUGAUAGUAUAAACGGAGAAUUAAGGGUAUCGGACAUUCUGGACUCUGACACGGAGACAGGGGGGGCAACCCACUACGACAUCGUGAUCAAGGCUGUGGACGGAGGCGUCCCACCAAAAAGUGUAGAGGCAACACAGAAAGUAACACUUACCAACGUCAACGACAAUGCUCCUGUAUUCAAAAACGCUCCGCUUGAGGUGACAGUAGCUGAAGACGUGUCCAUAGGUGAUGUUGUUCUGCAGCUGACUGUUACAGAUGCUGACGGCGACACUCCAACAUUGUCAACAAUAGACAGCACAACUUUCACGAUAAGUGCAUCGGAUCUUGUGACAGCAGCAUCCUUAGACUUCGAGGCUGCGACCUGUUACAGUGUAGUUAUGAGUGCGACUGACGGCACCUUUACGACCCCCUUGCCAAUAACAGUGACGGUGACCAACGUCAACGACGAAACACCAGUUAUAAUAGUAAACACGGACUUCAAAAUAUUUGAGGAGACGCCCGUUGACACUGUCCUCCCAGGAGCCUUCACCGUCAACGACGCGGACGUUGCGGACACAUUCACUUAUAGUCUAGCAGGAGCUGACGUCUCGUAUUUCACAACAACUUCGUCUGGAGACUUGAAGAUGGCAGAUAGAAUCAGCUUCAGUGGUCGAAACGUCACCGUUGAUGUAACGGUGACAGACGGCGCCUCACACAGUGCGACGGCGACGUUGACCAUCCCCAUUCAGGACAUCAACGACAACUCUCCACAGUGUGAACACAAUGUGUAUGAGGUGGAGGUGAAGGAAGGAGCGGGAGGUUAUGUGAAACUGAAGGACGCGAUCACGUGCAGCGACAGCGAUGGUGAAAACAACUCAGUUAUGCAAAUCAAUAUCACCAGCGGAGACGACGGUGGGCUGUUUGCCUUUCAGGGCUUCGAGCUCUGGGGAACACCAAACAACAUCGACUAUGAAGCUCUUGCGGCGACCAACUAUCGUCAUAAGUCCCUUCUCAACACCACCGGCGACCCUGGGCUCAGCCACGCCCGUCGUAUGGAGGACAACAAGAAAAGUGCUCUAAUUGCCUUGGAUACUAUCGACCAUGACAAACUCAUCCAUCGUCUCAGGGGUGAUUUCUCCAUUGACGGAACGGCUCUUACUUGGUUCCAGUCGUAUCUGUCGGGUCGUGUUCAGACCGUCAUCAUUGAUGGUCAUUACUCUGACUCGGCCAGCUUCAAGUAUAGUGUUCCACAGGGGUCGGUCCUUGGACCAGUCCUGUUCACAUUGUACAUAACAGAGCUCGGAAGCGUAAUUGAUGAGCCCCGUGUGAAUCGUCAUCACUAUGCAGAUGAUGCCCAGGUGUAUAGAUGUUUCACUCCUGACAAGAACCAAACAGAUAUUGACAUGUCCCAAUGCUGUGUCAGUAUCAAAUCCUGGAUGCUAGUAAAUAAACUAAAAUUGUACAGCAGCAAGACCAAAUCUAUUCUCCUGGGUCCAGUGAAACUGAAGGAUCUGUGUGCUAUUGAUUCCUUCGAGUUCGACAACUCACAUAUUCCUUUUGCAGAUCAAGUCAGAGAUCUUGGUGUAAUCCUAGCCUCAGAUUUGUCACUUGUCAAUCAUGUCUACAAUCUAGUUAAGACCUGCUUCAUCUCACUACGGAACAUUGGCAAUAUCCGUCAAUACGUGACAACUGAAACAGCAACAACUCUUGUUCUAUCCCUUGUCAUGAGCAGACUUGACUACUGCAACUGUCUGUUGACCGGUGCAACCAAGUCUCAGAUACAAAAGCUACAAAGAGUGCAGAAUGUAGCAGCCCGCAUUGUGACGGGAGAAAACGAACAUACUCCCCAGUUUACCAGCCCAUCGUUAUCUGGAGGUAACUUUCCCGACGUCAGUAUUUCGGAGGAUACCAGCCCAGGCACCGUGCUGGUCAGUGUGGUAGCCACGGACCAGGAUCACGGCCCGGAUGGCGAGGUCCAUUAUGAGAUUGCCUCUAUCGUGUCAGACACAGGCGUCAACGGCAAUGGCGUGUUCUUUGUAGAUAGCAUCAGUGGUAACGUGUACGUUGGGAAGGCUCUCGAUUCAGAUGGUGACACGGGAGGCGUAUCUUUCUACGAAAUAGUUAUCAAGGCGGUGGAUGGAGGUGCAACACCAAAAGAAGUCCAAGGUACAAUGAAGGUCACAUUAACAGACACAAACGACAACGCCCCUGUGAUGAACGUAGUCCAUGACGUCAAGAUGUCCGAGUUAGCGGCUGUUGGUGAUGUUGUGGUGGAGGUGACAGUCACAGAUGCUGACGGUGAUACCCCGACACUGACGAUAGGAGGAGACCACGUUGCCUUUUUCUCCGUAACCGGUAACCAGAUCACCUUGCAGAGUCCUCUGGACUAUGACGAUAGAUCCAAAGCUUGCCUGUCAGUGCAAGUAAAUGCUUCCGAUGGAGUGUAUUCAGUAAUGGAGACGUUGACGGUCACAGUCGAGCCCGCCAACGACGUCAGCCCAAACAUUUCCGUGAACGCUGACCCAAGGAUGUAUGAGGAGUUACCUGUCGGGACAGUUGUGGCAGGGAUUUAUGAAAUCAUUGACAUUGACGAAGGGGACGCCGUAACAUAUAAUUUAAGCGGCCUGCAUGCUUCUUUCUUUGACAUUUCGGGGUCAGGAGAACUGAUCAUCAGUUCCACAGUUGACCGAGAGACAGUUGGUGACGACCUGACCAUCACAGUGACCGCCACUGACGCCGCAUCUAAUGUCGCGUCAGAAGACAUUACCAUCACUGUAGUGGACAUCAACGACAACGCACCGAAAUGUGAAAAAACCGUGUACACUGAACAUAUUGAGGAAGCAAGCACUAACAGUGAUGAGAAGAUCAUGUCUGCCCUAACGUGUAGCGAUGCUGACGCUGGUGAUAAUGCAGUGUUAGAAGUGGCUGUGACCGGGGGGGACGCAGGCGGAUUGUUUCAGUACAAAAACAUGGAGUUGUGGGGCGAUGCGAGUCAGAUAAACUACGAGGACCUUGAGGCCACAGACUACAACUAUUACCUGACAGUUAGCGUGUACGACAAACCUUCAAAGUGGCCGGCACUCACUGGUGUCGUCAUGGUAGUCCUAGAGGUUUCGGGAACGAACGAGUUUAUCCCGGAGUUCACUUCUCCGGCACCGACGUCUGGUAACUUUCCCGAUGAGACGGUUAGUGAGGAUACGGUCCCAGGCACAUCUCUCUUCACCUACGUAGCAGCAGACGAGGACCACGGCGACGACGGGAAAGUGCACUAUGAGAUCGUGUCAAUUACAACAGACACCGGCAACAGCGCAUCAGACACAUUUGUAAUCGACCGAGACAGCGGUAUUUUACGUGUGGGAAAAACAUUGGAUGCAGAUGUUGCUACUGGGGGUGCUGUGUCCUGCAACGUGGUUAUCAAAGCUGUGGAUGGUGGCUCCCCCCCGAAAGAAACUCAGGCUACACAGAAGCUGACACUUGUUGGCGUCAACGACAAUGCCCCAGUGUUCACUGAUGCCACAUUCAAGUUCUUGGUGGCGGAAGACGUUGCUGUUGGCCAUGUUGUAGCAACUUUAGGUAUAGACGAAUACGACGGUGAUGUGGUUACGUUAAGUGUUACCGGGUCACAAGCAGCAGUGUUUGCGGGUGAUGCGACUCAGCCGAAUCUACUGACACUGGCGACUCUUGACUACGAGACAACGAAGUGCUACUCUGUAGAAGUCGUUGCUUCUGACGGGGGAUUACAGACAACACGAACUUUGACGAUCGCAGUAACUGACGUUGCUGACGUCGCCCCAAAACUCACGGCCUACGACUUCGUGACCAUUCCAGAACAACUGGCAUACGGGACGGUGAUUGGCCGCCUGUUUGAGCUGAGCGACGUAGACACACAGGACAUCGCUAUAUACACCCUCAGUGGCACCGACAGCGGCAGCUUAGCCAUCAAUGAAACAUCUGGUCGAGUAUUCAUCGCAGACGCUAUCGACGCUGACAGCGGAGUUACUUCCCUCAGUGUCACCGUCACCGUCACCGACUCAGCUUCUCUGACAGGCACUGCUGAUGUUGACGUCGCUGUUUUGGAUGUCAACGAAUUUGCACCAGUGUUUGGCGAUCAGAUUUACAAGGCUAAUGUGGAGGAAAAUAGUGCAUCAGCCAAACUCCUUGACGUUGUGUGCACGGAUGACGACACGGGCGUCAACGGUGAAGUUGAACUAGUUAUACCCACUACCAACGGUGCUGACACGAUAUUUUCCGUGUCGGCAAUGGAGGUGCAUGUGGACGGCACCCAGCUGGACUACGAGGCACUGGCGGAUGAAGGAUAUGUAUACUCUCUCACCCUGUUGUGUCGAGACAAACCAGCAAGCGGAAAUCCUCGUACUGGCUCAGUGCUGGUUUCCGUGCAGGUGAGCGGUACUGACGAGACACCUCCGGUAUGGUUUUCACCAUCGAUCGACGGCAGUAAUAACUUUCCUGGGGUGACACUGUCGGAAGGCGUGAACCCAGGCGCGCUGGUACAGACGUUCAUUGCUACUGACGUUGACCAAGGGACUCAGGGGAACAUCAUCUACAGCAUUGUCUCCGUCACCUCAGAUUCAAGUGCUGAUGGUACCGGCAUGUUCGGAAUAGACGCCACUACGGGAGAUCUCCAGACCACUGUAAAAGUUGACGCGGACACAGCGACUGGCGGUGAUAGUUACUAUGACAUUGUGCUGCAGGCCAGUGAUGGCACCACCGAUAUCACUGGAACUAUCAGAGUGACGCUCACUGAUUACAGCGACAACGCGCCGAAAUUCACCAAGGAAUUCUACACAACUACCGUCCCAUGUACGACAUCGGUGGGAACCACAGUGCUGAGUCUGGCAGCAGAAGACAUAGAUUCAGUUGGGUCUGCUGCCUUCCGCUUCAAUGGCUAUUCGGGGAGCAUCUUCACCUUGGAGACAAACACCGGUGCCAUUACCCUCACCACGCCCACAUUCCAUAUAGGGGAUGACAUCUAUCACACGCUGGCGGUGACAGUUACCGAUACAGUCAGCUCUGACCUGACGGAUGAGGCCACUGUGUACAUCGAGAUGGAAUAUUGUGGGCCAUCUAAUGCUUCUACCUCUGGGUCGACUGAAACACCAGCUUGUCAAAAACUGACGGACGAUUCUGCCCUUGUUCCAAUGAGGAUAGCGACGGCAGUAUUGGCAGCCGUGCUCAUUGGUGUGCUUGGUUUCAGCCUGAGGAGCAUAUUAUCAGCUUUAAGACCGGAGGUCCCAAAAGGGUCACCGAUAUCCAAGAAGAAUCCAGUUGGUUUCGAGAGACCACUCCAACCAGAGCCGUCAAUCUACUUUGAGGAUAUGACAGUUGAACCAUCCGUGGCCUAAGACAUCUACCUCCCAGACCAUAUCAUGGCAGAAGAAUACUCUAAACAACAUAUGAUGUAGGCCGGAGUACAAAACCUGAUGGUUCAUAUGUCUAGAGAUAAAUGAUCGAUCAUAUGAUGAAAUGUAGUGACUUGCGUUCAUUGUUUUAUAGUAGUAUGUGUUAAGUGUUUGUGGUGUACCUUGCUGCUUUUAUGUAUCGUCAAACCUGUCUAAAGUAUUCCAUACAUCGAGAAUAUAUAAUACUCAUGUACUCCCAAAGGCAGUGAUUUAAACAUGAAUAUAAAAAUUCUGGUGGUCAUAAAGGUUCAGAACUGCUGCAAUUCCUGGUGAUCUAAAGGCACCGUGAUCAAAUUCAAUAAAACGUUUACAUGCGCAGACAAUGAACCCAGUCAACAUUUAGAUUUGACACAUCAUUGCAAACGAUUCAGAAAAAGCGACUUAACUGGACAAACCGGGAAGUCGACAUGUUUUGAUAUUGAACUAUACCCUAAUACAAUUUGGUAACUCAUGUUACCUUUUACUGCUGCCAGUAACUUGUUCAUGAUUGUGAACAUUAUUAAUAUCGUGUGUUGGUGCUGUAUUCAAAGUCCUGUUGCAUGUCCAUGGUUAUUUACCGUUAGCUUUUCAACGAUCCUUAAUCUUAAAGGUGAUGUUUUAUUUUAUUUGGUUACAUUCACUGUAACUAAUCACUAUGCAGAAUUGUACAUAGUUGAACUUCUUUAAAUAGUCAUUAAACUUUUUUAUCAGGAGUGUUUUCAUGUG